CUUGUUCAAACCGACUCGUGUAAAUAGUAUAAUUCGCUUGAAUGAGAAUCAAUUAAUUAGAAGUGCUUUAUAUAUAGGGAAAAGUUACACAUUUUUAGGUUAUAUUUUGGACGUCAUUCCUUUAUGUUCCCAGAAAACUCAAGAAGAUCAAAAUUUAAAUAGAAAAUAAUUUACGGCUGUUAAAUUAGUGCACUUCUUUAUGUAGCUGUAUUCGCUUAUGCCUUUGAAUACAUAUUGUAGUUUCAAGAAAGAGAAGAAAAUAGGUUAGGUUGUGGCGAUUGUGUUUAUGUGGAAUUAGAUUUGUAUACGUGUCUUCUCUACAACGUAUAGUUCCAGUAGUUGAAAUGGCACCACCAAAAGUGAAUGUAAAAGAACGAUUCAACGAUGGUGAAGUGGAUCUUAGUAUGUCUGAGUUAAAUGAAGUUCCAAUUAAGGAUAUAUUGAGUUUAAAACGAGUGCACAGCUUGGAUUUAUCUAACAAUACUUUAACAUUUUUACCCAAAAAUUUUACAUUAUUAACACACCUCACCAAAUUGGACUUGAGCAAAAACGAACUUACAGAAUUACCUGAAGAUUUUGGAAAUUUGGUAAAACUAAAACAUCUAGAUUUAUACAAGAACCAACUGCAACACCUACCUUUAAGUUUUAGUAAAUUGAAAAAUUUAAAGUGGCUUGAUUUGAAAGAUAAUCCUCUAGUUCCAGCUGUCGCUAAAGUAGCAGGUCUAUGUAUUAACACUAAAGAGUGCCAAGCUUGUGCUAAAAAUAUUGUGGAUUUUUUCACCAAAUUGGAAAAUCAAGUGUCUGCUGAACUCGAAAUGAGGAACAAGGAUAGACAAAAACAAUUAGAAUUCAACCAAAAAAAGAAACAAGAAGAGAAAAACAUGAAGAAGAAAGAAAAACAAAAGGAAAAGAAGAUUUUAAAUGGAAAUACUAUGGAACCAAAAAAAUCAAAUAAAAAUCGUAAAAACAAUAAAGAAAAAGUGAAAAACAAUAAUUCAAUGAAAACUGCUUCUUAUUCAUUGUUUUCAACUAUUAUCCAAUGGAUUUUCUUUAUGGCAGCACUUUAUAUAGGGUUUGUUAUUUUUAAAGCAUACAAUUCUAAAAAUUUAAUGGAUACUGCAAAAAAUAUUGUUAUUCAAGAUUUAAAUAAGCUGUAUGAUGAUGUACCUGUUUGGUGGACUUUAUCAAAACAAUACCUUGAAAAUUUGUACAAAAAUCUAACUGACAAACAAUAGUUCUACAUAAAUAAUCAUUUGUUUUCUUCAACCUUUCAUUUUUUUUAAGCUUGUGAGUUGAUAUUUUAUUUGAAAUUUGUUUUAUUUUCUUAAAGCUUUGCUCCUCACUAGGAGCAUUAUCAAAAAAAUUGAUCUUAAACUGCACAAUACAAUAUUCAAAAUUUAGUAAAACUUUUUAUACCUUAAAAAAAAGAAUUUUAACACAUUUUUUAUGUAAUUUUAGUUACAGUUCUUUUGAUAAUGACCCUAAUGAGGAACGAAUUGUUAAGAUAUUAGAAUAAAAUUCAAAUAAAAUAACAAUCUAAGAUCUCAAGAAGUUUCAAUAAAAAAAAAAUAAAUAUACAUUGUAUAUAUUAAUUGAAUCGAAGUUUUAUAACUACUUGUAAAUAAUUAUUACGAUGCGUAAAUGUUAAUAUCAACUAAAGGAAUGUAGAAAACAAUAAGAAAAUUUUGUAUUUUUUGAAAUAAAAGAUUUUCUAAUUC